AAAUAAAAUACUCUCUCUGUAACCCACCUCCGCUCCGCCUCUGUUUUUUCUUACAAGGGACUUAAGGCACAAGUCAAAGACAAAAGUUCUGUUACAUUUCCUGAUCUAAAUUCACUCCGACCUUCUCUCCCUGUCUUAACGUUUACAUUUCAUCGCCUUUUCCGAUCUGGGUUCUGCUCAAACCAACAUCUUCAAUUCCCAAUUCUUGAAUUCGGGCCAGUUCCUUUCAUCCCCGAUCUGGGUUUUGUGAAGAUAUAGGUUGCAGAAAUGGGUGGUUGUUUCAGCACGAAAAAUGCUUCAGAAAGAGACGUUAAUGGAUAUGGAUCAAGAGGUGUUGUUGCCGGGCCACCGCAAAGCUACCAGCAACCACUUGCUGGUCAGAGCCACCAAAAGCCGUCCGCUGAAUCCGUCCAGCAUCAACCGCAGAGACCCAACCGGCCACAGCCAGUUCCCCCUCCGGUGAAGCUUGCGCCGCCGAGUGCUAGGCCUGCUCAUAGGGAGGACCCGGAUGCAAUACUAGGCAAGCCAUUUGAAGAUAUCAGGGCGCGCUACACGCUUGGGAAAGAAUUGGGUAGGGGCCAAUUUGGAGUGACUUAUCUCUGCACUGAGAAUUCGACUCGCCAUUCUUAUGCCUGCAAGUCAAUCUUGAAGAGGAAACUGAGAACUAAGAAUGACAAGGAGGAUGUGAAAAGAGAGAUUCACAUUAUGCAGCAUUUGAGUGGGCAGCCAAACAUUGUGGAAUUUAAAGGGGCUUAUGAGGAUAGGCAAUCGGUUCAUGUUGUGAUGGAGCUUUGUGCUGGUGGGGAGCUUUUCGAUCGGAUUAUUGCUCAGGGGCACUAUUCUGAGAGAGCUGCUGCUGCAAUUUGUAGGUCCAUUGUGAAUGUUGUUCACAUUUGCCAUUUUAUGGGUGUGAUGCAUCGGGAUCUCAAGCCAGAGAACUUCUUGUUGUCGAGCAAGGAUGAAGGAGCAAUGCUCAAGGCUACUGAUUUUGGUCUAUCUGUUUUCAUUGAAGAAGGAAAGGUUUACCGAGACAUUGUUGGUAGUGCUUACUAUGUUGCUCCUGAAGUAUUGCGCCGCAGUUAUGGAAAGGAAAUUGAUGUGUGGAGUGCAGGAAUUAUUUUGUAUAUUCUACUCAGUGGUGUACCCCCAUUUUGGGCUGAAACUGAGAAGGGAAUAUUUGAUGCCAUACUGGAAGGAGUAAUUGACUUUCACAGUGAUCCAUGGCCAACUAUUUCAAAUGGUGCCAAAGACCUUGUACGGAAGAUGCUGACACAGGACCCCAGGAAGAGAAUUACUUCAGCCCAAGUUCUUGAGCAUCCAUGGCUUCGAGAAGGAGGAGAAGCAUCAGACAAGCCAAUAGACAGUGCAGUCCUCUCUAGGAUGAAGCAAUUCAGGGCAAUGAACAAGCUCAAGAAACUUGCCUUAAAGGUCAUUGCUGAAAAUCUCUCUGAAGAUGAAAUCAAAGGUCUUAAAGCAAUGUUCACUAACAUGGACACAGACAAUAGUGGCACUAUUACCUAUGAGGAACUGAAGUCGGGAUUGGCUCGGCUUGGGUCAAAGUUGUCUGAGGCUGAGGUCAAGCAACUCAUGGAAGCUGCUGAUGUGGAUGGAAAUGGAACAAUUGACUACAUUGAAUUUAUCACUGCAACUAUGCAUAGACACAAACUAGAAAGAGAUGACCAUCUAUAUAAAGCAUUUCAGUAUUUUGACAAGGAUGGCAGCAGCUUUAUUACAAGAGAUGAACUGAAAACUGCGAUGAAGGAGUAUGGAAUGGGCGAUGAGGCCACCAUAGAAGAAAUAAUAUCAGAGGUCGACACUGAUAAUGACGGGAGAAUCAACUAUGAAGAGUUCUGUGCAAUGAUGAGAAGUGGAACAACACAGCCGGGAAAGCUCUUCUAAUUUCACCGAGGCACUACAAGAACAAGUGCCCAGUUCGCUAGGUUCUGCCGAGUGAUCCCCGAGCUUCCUGGAUUGAAAGAUCCACUAACCAUGAGGCCCGUAGAAACCUUUGUUGGCUUUUUGAGUUAAAAAAAAAAAAAAACUUGGCAACUGGAUGGAGUAGGGAAGAGGGGGAGAGAUACAGGCUUGUAGUUUUGCUUGAUUGGAGUUGAAGUGUUGUGCAUAUCUAUUUGUCUCUAUUUAUUUCCAUCUUCAAUGUGUUUAUUCAACCCCCAGUUUAAAAUUCGGUUGCUUGCCUGAUAUCUAUUGCUUGCCAACGUUGUGACAAUGGAAGAAGAAUUAACUCGUAUGAUUGCUUUGA